AUGGGCAGGGUGAUGUCGGACAGGGUUCCUCCAGCCGGGCUCGAAAGAAGCCACAGAUAUUUCUGCUACGUCUGUGGUACGCUACUUCCGCAUCGCCUUGUUGCCAAUGACUCUUUCAUGUUGGAACGCGCACAGACAAUACUUCGUUCUGAAGAGGCAUUAAAAUUGUCUGCAGAAGCUGAUGGCGUUCUCCCAACCUCUAACGAUGGACCGUCCGUUAAAAAAGAUUGCCCUUAUUGUGGAAACGACCGGAUGACAUACGUAACUAUGCAAACCCGGUCUGCUGAUGAAGGCCAGACCGUUAUUUAUACAUGUACACAGUGUCACAAAAAAGAAGUUGAAAACACGUAG